UUUGUCUGUCGGAUUUCCUGUAAUCCUUGCUUACCCUGAAAAAAUCCGUUUCAGUGAAGCUUUCAACCCCAUAGUUCUCUUGUCCAAAAUCACCAUGGUUGAAACAGGUCUUCCGGUAGGAUGGGAGGUCCGCCAUUCUAACUCAAAAAACCUCCCCUACUAUUUCAACCCUAUGACCAAAGAGUCUCGGUGGGAGCCUCCAUCAGGCACUGAUACAGAGACGCUCAAGGUUUACAUGGCCAACUACCAUAGCGGCCCCACAGGUCGGCCUGAUGGUACAAGUCAGGGCGAAGGGAAGAUCCGCUGCAGCCACCUUCUUGUCAAACAUAGGGACAGUCGGCGUCCCAGCAGCUGGAGAGAGUCGGAAAUUACACGAUCUAAGGAGGAGGCAAUUGAAAUCCUCCGUGGCCACGAAGCGCGGAUCAACUCUGGUGAGAUCAGCUUGGGUGAUCUUGCUAUGUCUGAAUCAGACUGUAGCAGUGCCAGGAAGAGGGGUGAUCUUGGGUUCUUCGGGCACGGAGAAAUGCAGAAAGAAUUCGAGGACGCCGCCUUUGCUCUGCAGCCUGGCCAGGUCAGUAGUAUCGUUGACACAGCAUCAGGUGUCCAUCUCAUUGAGCGGUAAGUUGAGAUGAUUGAUCGGCACAAAUUGCGAACGUUCUGACUUUUAUCUUCUGCAGCAUCCAAUAAAUGCUAUAAUUU